AAGUGAACUCGAACCAAUCCGCUCGCAGUGGGCAGGGAGUGCUACGUGCGAGCAGUGAAUUGGAGGUAGGGGGAGACGAUUUCGAGUGGGAAGGGGAAAUGGAUGGACGUGCUAAGCACAUGGUUCCAAGCAACUUUACCUUCCCUUUGCGGGUGCCGACGAGGAGCAUGUUCAUGUGGUGGAAUAUUGGACAGGACAUAAUUGAUGACACAGGUCAAGUGCGGAGGAUCCGGCCAUUCAAGUACCUUGGACUUGCACGGUACCGGGACGACAUAACAGACUACAACACAAGGAGGAACAUCAACAAAGCGAGGGUGGUCAUGAAUGAAGUGGAGAGGAUUUGCCGGGAACGGGGGGUGCUUGCACAAGGAGAAGAGAUUAUGCCACAGAACUUGAUGCAAUGUUACAGAACAGGAUUUCGUGAAGUGGUUGAGACAGUUUAUGGGAAAGACGCAUGGGUGGACCUUGGCACGCGGAAACGGUUUUGUUCAUAUUCGUACAUUACUUACUACAAGAAUCUGGGAAUUAUAUGGAGAAGCAAUCGGAGUGAAGGCGCUGCACCAACAGCUGAACAGAUUGUUGCAGACCCAUCAGCAGAUGAUGAUGAUGUGACAGGUGGUCCCGGUGAGGAGACACAGGCUGAUGACCCUGCUGUGACCGACAGCACAGCCGGGAGCUAUGCGGCGAUGUUAAAGAGAAACUUGCCAGGGAAGUGAGCGGAAGUGAAGUUUGGUAUAAAAUAAAGAUGCC